CCAUCCUUGCUUCAACCUCGUGUUUGCUCUCCUCUGCUCCAACGAACGCUCGCUCGCUCGCUCCCCUUCCUCCGAACCCUAGUUCGCGAACCCCAUCCCCUCCUCCUCCUCCUCCAUUAAUGGCGAUCGAGGCGCCCUCGUCCCGGAGCUGGAGCAUCUACGGCCGCGCCGAGAUUGCGGAGCGCUACGAGGUGCUCGGCCGCAUCGGCUCCGGCGCCUACGCCGACGUCUACCGCGGCCGCCGCCGCUCCGACGGCCUCGCCGUAGCCCUGAAGGAGGUCCACGACGCCCAGAGCGCCCUCCGCGAGAUCGACGCGCUCCGGGCCCUCCGCGGCGUCCCCAACGUCGUCCCCCUCCUCGACCACUUCUGGCGCGACGACGGCGACGACGACGCCGUCCUCGUCCUCGAGCUCCUCCCCUCCGACCUCGCCGCCGUGAUCGGCGCCGCGCGGCGGAGCGGGGAGCCGAUCCCCGCCGCCGACGCCAAGCAGUGGAUGCUCCAGAUCCUCCGCGCCGUCGACGCGUGCCACCGCAACGCCGUGAUGCACCGCGACCUCAAACCUUCCAAUUUGCUCAUCUCCGCCGGCGGCGUCGUCAAGCUCGCGGAUUUCGGGCAGGCGAGGAUGCUUCAAGAGCCAAGUUUUGCCACCCCAGACAUCAGCCCUUAUGAACAAGGUUCGCAAAAUGAGCCAUGGAUUCCUCAACAGUAUGCUGCUGAUGAAACAGAAAGCGUCAAAGAGCCUCGACUUCUCAGUGAAGAUGACUACCUGCGUGAGCUUGAUGGUGUCAGGGCGAAAUUCACACAGUAUGACACCGAUAAGGCGAUGAGUCUGCAAGAUGGUGACGCAUCAUGUCUCGCCACAUGCAGUACGGGGGACAUUGAGGAAGACCGCUUUCAGGGCUCUUAUUACUCCUGUGAGGAGGCGGAAGAGGGUAUCGUAGGAGGAGAGGAAGAAGAUUUGGGAGCCUUAACAUCAUGCGUUGGGACUCGAUGGUUCAGAGCUCCCGAACUUCUUUAUGGGUCCACAAAUUACGGGCUUGAAGUCGAUCUUUGGUCUUUAGGCUGCAUCUUUGCCGAGCUUCUCAGUUUGGAGCCGCUUUUUCCUGGGUCUUCAGAUCUCGACCAGCUCAGUAGAAUCAUCAGUGUUCUGGGGGACUUUGACGCAGAGUCCUGCCCUAGUUGCUCGAAACUGCCAGAUUACGGCAAGAUUACCUUUACCAAGGUUGAGAAUCCAACCGGUUUGGAGGCAUGCCUACCAAAUCGAUCCGCCAAGGAAGUCAAUAUUGUCAAAAGGCUUCUUUGCUUUGAUCCUGCAAGUAGAGCUACUGCAGGGGAGCUGCUUUCGGAUCAGUAUUUCACUGAAGAGCCUUUACCUGUACCUGUGGAACAAUUGAGAGUUCCUGCUAGGGAUGAGCAAGAUGAGAGCUCUCCAGAGGAAUGGGGUGAUUUUAGGGAUUUGGGGUCGGAUUCCGACCUGGAUGAGUUUGGCACCAUGGGUGUCACUACAAAUGAGAAAGGCUUCUCCAUUCGCUUCGAAUGAAACGAAGUUUUAUAUUGCUAUUUAUCUUUCUCUAAAUUGUAUUUCGUGCAAUAUGAACCGAAGUAGUUUGUCGCCUUUUUUCGUCGCUUAUGAUCGUUGCGAGGACGAAUACUACUGGCUUGUAUUAUUUGGACAGAAAAUUGGCAUCAGGAAAAGGAGUUCCAGGUAUAAAAAUAAUCUGAAUUUGUUAAUAUAACAAUUUGUUUUCCUGAU